CCCCUCCCGUAGGGCACGCCUUCCCUGCGUUUCCACCGCCCCGCAGCUCCCGCGCUCUGAAGAUGGCUGCAGCUGUGGGAAGGUUGUUCCGGACCUCGGCCCGCCAUGUGAGCACCAUUCCUUGGGGCAUUUCUGCCUCUGCAGCCCUUAGACCUGCUGUUUCUGGAAGAAUGUGCCUGACAAACUUAUUGUGGUCUGGCUCUGGACAAGCAAAGUCUGCCUUUAGCACCAGUUCCUCCUACCAGGCCCCUGCUGUCACCCAGCAUGCACCCUAUUUCAAGGGUACAGCUGUUGUCAAAGGAGAGUUCAAAGACCUAAGCCUUGAUGAUUUUAAGGGGAAAUAUUUGGUGCUUUUCUUCUAUCCUUUGGAUUUCACCUUUGUGUGUCCUACAGAAAUUAUUGCUUUUAGUGACAAAGCGAAUGAAUUUCAUGAUGUGAACUGUGAGGUCGUGGCAGUUUCUGUGGACUCCCACUUCAGCCAUCUUGCCUGGAUAAACACACCGAGGAAGAAUGGCGGUUUGGGCCACAUGAACAUCGCACUCUUGUCAGAUUUAACUAAACAAAUUUCUCGAGACUACGGUGUGCUGUUAGAAGGUCCUGGUCUUGCACUAAGAGGUCUCUUCAUAAUUGACCCCAAUGGAGUCAUCAAGCACCUGAGUGUCAAUGAUCUUCCAGUGGGCCGAAGCGUGGAAGAGACCCUCCGCUUGGUGAAGGCAUUCCAGUUUGUGGAAAGCCAUGGAGAAGUCUGCCCAGCAAAUUGGACACCAGAUUCUCCCACAAUUAAGCCAAGUCCGGCUGCUUCCAAAGAGUACUUUGAGAAGGUAAAUCAGUAGAUCAUCCCAUGGUCUGCAGCUCCUCCCACCAGGAACGAACCACAGUUGGAACCUACUUUUAGCAUUUCAAAAACAAUUAUUUAUAGAAGGCAAAAAGACAAGUUAUGCUUGUAUUCGUAACUGUUACUCUAGCUGUUUUGUUUUUGUAACUCUGGCUAAGGCUCUUUAAACGUCAGCGCUGUUAUAACGAGUCCUGUGUUGGUAACAUCCUGAUGGCCAGCUAGAUUUUACAGACUGCCUAGAUCAUGUCUUCAGUGGGGGUGAAGGCAACUCUUCUUUCUUAGCCUUACUUGAAUGUCUGUCUACACCAAAGUAGUACAACAAGCAUCAAAAACUUCUGAUCAAGGGUCCUGAAAUCUUCAAUUUCUUUGUAUUAAACUGAAUUUUCUUUUAAAGUAACAAAGAUUGUUGUUUUAAGUUAGCAUCCAUGGUCUAACUCUCGCGAUGAAUGUACCUGUGAUUGAAGCAACGUGAAUCAUGUUAUCAUAAAAACAGCACAGUGACUUCACUGAUCGUGCAUGGUCCCCAUCCUUAAGAUUUAUAGUUUACAUGCUGAUUUUACUUAUUAGCUGACUUAGUGUCUACACACAUUUCUAGUUAUUGAUUAGGUAUAAUUAUAAAGGCUAUUUAUUCAAUCCAGGGAGUGCAUUUUGAAAUCAUUGUCAUUAAUUUGUUUCUUGAAGUCUUCCAUGUGAAAUAUAUAAUAGAAAAUAAACCUAUUUUAAAA